UCAUUUUGCGCCAAUGACUUAAAGAAGAGCGCGUUAUCCUUACCAAACCAGCGGAGAAUUGGUCAUGUUACAGAAAAACAAAGCACGCCUGGAGUCAAACGUGAGGGAUACAUUCAGAAAAUGACCGCAUCACUACACCUAUGAGUUCAUUAGAUCCUGCGCCUUACCGAUAUUUCAGCAAAAUGAACGCCGUGCAAUCAAACUCAACACCCCAGGGUCUGGUUACAGCUUGGGAUACCAUAACGCUUGCACUGCUGUCACCUGACCUGGACAAUACUCCGUCUGAAGAGGCUCUCUCAGAUGACUUGGACUUGCUCUGUCGAUGCGGAGGCGGUCAGUACGUGGAGGGUUGGCUUCUGGACACCUUGCACAUGAAUCUAACUUCGGCAGUGGUGCCCGACUUCUGGACUGGACUGAAGCUACCAGAUGGGGAGAAAGUGCAGGAGAAAGAGCGUGCCAGGAUUCUGUUACAGGCCUUUCGUACCCUGCUGACACGUCUUGAACCGUCAUUAGGUGGUCUAGAGAGGCUAGGCAGAUGGCAGGACGAGGGCCGGGCAGGCUUGAGUGGCCCCGGGGCCCAGAGUCUAAGGGAGAGGGCCUUCACCGCCAUCAGGGCCAUCCUGCUCUUCUCUCCCCCUGACCUCCUCCAGGAGCGGAUGCUGGAGUUCUACAGCCGCACCUUCUCCGUCCACAUGAACCAGGCCGGGCAGGGGACGGCAGGUGGGGAGGAGGAGGAGGAGGAAGCAGCCAUGGGCGCCCAGGGGAAGGUCUGCCAGGGCUGUGCAGUAAGCCCUCAGGAGUGCUGGUGUCCGGAGGCCCUGGAGCAGUUGCGAGAGUUGAGCCAUAUUCUGUCGAGACUGCAGCUCCUGGAGAGGGUGAGCUCAGAUGCCGUCACCUCCAUCCUCCACAAGUUGAUUGAGCAGAGGAUGGAGCAGCGUUGCCGUGGAGAGUACGAGAUCUCCUUCCUCUCAGACUUUCAGGGUUGGCUGGAUCAGGUGUUGGGCUGGGUGAGCAGAGUCUUUGUCAGUGAGGUGGACGUCAGGAGGACGCCAGGAAGUGCGGUGGUACUAGGCUGCAGUGGAGAGCGGGCAGCAGGGCAGCAAAACAGUGCCAUCCUGCAGCGCUGGCGCCACCACAUGCAGCAGUUCUUCUGCAGGAUUUAUGCCAGCAUGAGGAUCGAGGAGCUCUUCAGCAUCAUCAGAGAUUUUCCAGAGUCUCUGCCUGCCAUAGAGGAUCUUAAAUUCUGUUUGGACAGAACCAGUCAGAGGCAACAGCUCCUCACCUCCCUAAAGUCUGCCUUUGAGACCCGCCUCCUGCAUCCAGGGGUUCACACAUCUGACAUCAUUACUGUGUACAUAUCGGCCAUCAAAGCCCUGCGGCACCUGGACCCCUCCAUGGUCAUCCUGCAGGUAGCCUGUCAACCCAUCCGCAAAUACCUCAGGACACGGGAGGACACUGUUCGCCAGAUCGUGGGCAGUCUGACUGGGGAUGCGGAGGGUUGCACCGACCUGGCCAAUGAGCUCUCGCGCGCCGACCCCGUCACCCUGGAGACCCAGGACAGCGAGGAUGAGGGCAGUGACCCCGAAGAGUGGACACCAGACCCCAUAGAUGCACUAACAGACAAAACAGGCUCAAAACACCGGUCCUCAGACAUCAUCAGUCUGCUGGUCAGUAUCUACGGCAGCAAACAGAUCUUUAUUGAUGAGUACCGCACCGUCCUGGCCGACAGACUGCUUCAGCAGCUCAACUACAGCACCGCCAGGGAGAUCCGCAAUGUGGAGCUGCUGAAGCUUCGGUUUGGUGAAUCUCAUAUGCACCUGUGUGAAGUGAUGCUUAAGGAUGUGGCCGAUUCGCGUCGGAUCAACACAAACAUCCGCGAGGAGGAGGCCCGUCUGCCCCCAGAGGAGCAGCCCGCCUUGGCCUUGUCGGCCAUGAUCCUGUCGUCCGAGUUCUGGCCCCCCCUCAAGGACGAGCGCAUGGAGCUGCCCGCCGUGGUCACGCAGGCCAUGGAGACCUACACACACCGCUACGAGAAGCUCAAGGCCAUGAGGACGCUCAACUGGAAGUCUCACCUGGGCACGGUGACCCUGGACCUGGAGCUGGAGGACCGCACGCUCUCCAACCUCUCCGUCUCCCCCAUCCACGCAGCCAUCAUCCUGCACUUCCAGGAUAAGGCCUCGUGGAACCUGGAGGAGCUGAGCGGGGCGCUGGCGGUGCCCCAGGAGGUGGUGCGGCGGAAGCUGGCGCUGUGGCAGCAGCACGGCGUGGUGCGCGAGGAAGCGGGCGGCCGCUACACGGUGCAGGAGACGGCGCCCGCCGCGUCCGGGCGCGAGAAGCACGAGCGCUCAGUCCUGCUGCUGGACAGCGACGAGGAGGGAGAGACCAACACGGCCACGCAGUCCGAGCAGAGGGAGGAGAAACUACGGCUGUUCUGGGCGUAUAUCCAAGCGAUGCUGACCAACCUGGAGAGCAUGACGCUGGAGCGUAUCCACACCAUGCUGCGCAUGUUCGUGUCCUCCGGGCCCGUGGUGACCGAGAUGGAGAUCGGCGAGCUGCAGGCCUUCCUGGACAAGAAGGUGCGAGACCACCAGCUCCUCUCCUCGGCCGGCGUGUACAGGCUACCCAAGUCGCCUCACCACUGACGGCCGAGAAAGGGAGAGAUGACCGCUGUUAGAUCUAGCUCAUGCUGUUGUGAAUGCGUAACGUCUUGUUGACACUCCAAUUCAGUUUGGCGACAGAUUGCCGUCAAGUUGCCAACUUCACAUUUAUAGUUUGAACAUGCCAAAUAAACAUGUAUUAUGUGUACAUUG